AUGUGCAUGUUCCAAGUGCGUCUCAUCCUCUGCGGGUGCGAAGACCCAAACUGCACGCAACGAGAGCCGGAACUGGUAGGGGUGCUCAAGGAAGUCGGACACCCGAUCAAGAUCAGCCAAUACUAUCGAGUAGGGGGCAUGUGCACGGGUUACUUCCGCAACACGGACCCUGACAGGAUGGUGUUGCGUCACGGCAUGGAUGCGAACAACGCCAACACGAUUCAAGACUGCAUCGACAAGGUGAUUGAGAUUGAAGAACAUCCAGAGAGGUGCACGCUGAAGUGUCAGAACUGCAUUGAGAUGUGCAAAAUCUAG